CACACUACGUGAGAGCAAGAUGGCUGACACGGCGGCCGGGCCUGGUGGCUCCGGAACGAGACCAGGAAAUAAGCAGUCCACCAACCCUGCUGAUAACUACCAUCUUGCCCGGAGGAGGACCCUGCAAGUGGUUGUGAGCUCCUUGCUGACAGAGGCCGGAUUUGAGAGCGCCGAGAAAGCAUCUGUGGAGACGCUGACAGAGAUGCUACAGAGCUACAUCUCAGAAAUCGGGAGAAGUGCCAAGUCAUAUUGUGAGCACACAGCUAGGACCCAGCCCACGCUGUCGGACAUCGUGGUCACGCUGGUUGAAAUGGGCUUCAAUGUUGACACUCUACCUGCUUAUGCAAAACGGUCUCAGAGGAUGGUCAUCACUGCACCUCCAGUGACCAAUCAGCCAGUAACACCCAAGGCCCUCACAGCAGGGCAGAACCGACCCCACCCACCACACAUCCCCAGCCAUUUUCCUGAGUUUCCGGAUCCCCACACCUACAUCAAAACUCCGACAUACCGUGAGCCAGUGUCUGACUACCAGGUCCUUCGGGAGAAGGCCGCAUCUCAGAGGCGAGAUGUGGAGCGAGCACUCACCCGCUUCAUGGCCAAGACAGGCGAGACCCAGAGUCUUUUCAAGGAUGACGUCAGCACUUUCCCCUUGAUUGCUGCCAGACCUUUCACCAUCCCCUACCUCACGGCCUUGCUUCCCUCUGAGCUGGAGAUACAGCAGAUGGAAGAGACCGACUCCUCAGAGCAGGACGAGCAAACAGAUACAGAGAACAUCGCCCUUCACAUCAGCACGGACGAUUCUGGAGCUGAGAAGGAGAAUGCUUCUGUGCUGCAGCAGAACUCCUCCUUGGCCGGCAGCCGGAAUGGGGAGGAGAGCAUCAUCGAUAAUCCCUAUCUGCGGCCUGUGAAGAAGCCCAAGAUCCGCAGGAAAAAGUCCCUCUCGUGACCUGAGAAGAAAGCUGCCCUGUAAAGGAGAGGACAAGCUUUCCUGGGGGGCAAGUCACGGAGGGAAGAGGCGGGUGGCGUCCUGGCCGUGUCCGGGCUGUGUCGUAUUAGUAGCAACUUUGUCUGAAGACAGCCUGUUGUGCUUGCGUGUGGGUAGAGGAACCCAUGGCGCAAUAAAGGAGUGUUCCAUAAAGGAUACGUCCCCUUGGCCGUACUGCUGCAACAGGGUUUGGGACGAUGAGGACUCCACUGAUCAAUCAAUCAUGGGACUUGAUUCCUUUGGAACCUGGAGGGCCAGGGAAGAGUGGAAAGAAGGCCUGUGGCUCUGUGCCCUGCUGAGAAUAAGGCUUGCAGACCUCUUGGAUCCCUCUGGCUGGUAUAAACACAGAAAGGUCUCACUUCUCACCUAGGCCCCAAGAUUCCUGCUGAGUGGAUAGAAAGUAACUUUGUAUCUCAUCAAGUUGGAAACAGGCCACAGCUCACCUUUGAUGUGGGGCUGCCAGGAACUAGGAGCACAGGUGUUAGUAUCAAUGACAAUGGCCACCGAGCAGCCUUGAUUUCUGACCAGCAUUUGAUUAAAGCUGACCACAAUGGAGUCGAAACACCCUUCUGGGAAAGCUGAUCUGACCAGAGGCGGGGGUGUAGCUAGUUAUCCUGUGACUUCAAAAGGAGCGGUGGAUUUAAAGCACCACGAAGAGGACUUAGUAGGUAGGAGAGGACUAAGCUUAGCUGGGAAAUGCAGCUGUGGUAGAAAGCUACAUGCCCACCUGCUGAAGGGAGGGGCUGAGAGGCCCCUGCUGAGGUCGGAAUCUGCCCACCUCCACCGGCUAGAGAAAUGACCCCACCCCACACUUCCCCUAAUCAUGAAUCAUCGUGCCUCCAAGGAAGGAUGGCAGGGACACGUGGAAAUUGACAUAACAUAGAUAAGUUGUUCCUUGGGUCGGAAUGCCUCCUCCAUCCUGGUGGCUGCUGCUUCUGCUCCAUCAGUCUUCUUCUCUCUCUCUCCCCACCCCUCAGGUUUCAGAGACAGACUCUGUAGCCCAAGCUAACCUAGACUCAGUGUGUAUCCCAGGCUCAGUUUCCCCCUGCCACCUGCUGCAUGUGCAGGUGUAGGCAGCCAUGCUUGGCUUCCAGUCAGCUGGUAGAGGAUCCAUCUUCCCUACUGGUCUCUAGGUCUGUGGUCCCCUUGCCUGGAGGAAAAGAGCUGUGGGCCUAGAAUCAGAGGACACAAAAGGGUGAGAAUAUGAGCUUUCUCAGCUCCGGACCAAACAGGAAUAUUUUCAUCGCAACUUAGAACUUCAGGUCAGAACAGGAAGACUGACCUGUGUGGCUCCUGAGAGCUUGUGAUAGGCUUGGCAGCUCUGGGCCAGUCAGUUGAAAUCAGACACACCUCCAUGUUCCUGCACCAGUGUCACUGUUGGAGGCCUGUUGAGAAUAUUGUGGGAGUGGGAGGGGCUCCUGCUCGUGACCUCAGAACUGCAGACUGCAGCGCUAUCUUUCUCUAAGAAGAAAGAUGCUCGGACAUGGCCCUGAAUGAUGUUGUGUUAAAGCAUGUAAAUCUCAAUGUGUGUGUAUAUAUUUAUAUAUUUCUAUUUUCUAUAAUUAGGGGAGGAAAAAUAAAGUGUGAUUUAUAAAAGGACUAUAAUAAAAAUUCAUAAUAAAAACUUUGUAAAUGAAUCAGA